AUGGCUGCACCCGGACUGGAAAUGCAGCUCCAGGCGCUCGGAAUGAUUAAGGGCAACCUUCCCACAGACCCUGUCGAUCGCGCCAAUGUGGAACACUGCCUACGCCACGGUUACGUUGUUCUGGAGAACUGCGUCACCAAGGAAGAAGUCACCGUUGCGAAGGCUGAAAUUGAUCGGCUGAGUGGCGCCGAUCCAAUGAAGGGUCGCAACACGUUUGAAGGACUGAAUACGAAUCGCAUAUAUUCACUUUUGAACAAGACGAGGGUAUUCGACAAGUUUGUAAUUCUUCCUCGUGUGUUGGCCUUGAACGACUACUUUCUGGACACUGGUUACAAUAUUACUGCGUUUCACACCAUCCAAAUCAAUCCCGGCGAAGACGCUCAGGGCAUGCAUCACGCAUUUGAUGAAUUCACUGCCGACAAUGGCGCCACACGUGUCGUCCCUGGUAGUCAUCUCUGGGGAGCCGAUCGGCGACCCGAGUACGAGGAGAGCACCCCGAUGGUCUGUCCCCAAGGGAGCGUCGUCUACUUCCUUGCGACGACGUGGCAUUGCGGCGGACCAAAUAAUUCCCCUAACCCACGGAAGAGCCUGACGGUCCAAUACUGUCAGCCCUAUAUCCGACAGAUCGAAAACCAAAUUCUUGCAGUCGAUCCCCGAAGACUCGCAGAGAUUCCACAACGCAUUGUCGAGAUGAUGGGAUAUCGGAUUCAUGCGCCGUUUAUUGGCUAUGCCGACGGCUUGAAUCCUGUCAGCGCGGUACGCAGGAUGGUAAAUUGGCUACAAGCUCCGCUGGACCCCAAUCCCCCGGCGUUCACGUCGAAGUCAGGAACGGCAGGAAUUGCCAAACUGUAA